CGAUCAAUAUUUGGAUUCAUCCGCCUACUACUAACCUGUGAGUAACUAUUUUUCGAGCAAUGAAGUUUUUUCAACGAGUUUCAUUACAAAAUCAUUUUUAACCCUGAGAAAAACACCAAGAUUACAUCCCUGAAAGCAUCAUAUUACUACACAAAACAUGUUUGACUACUGAAUACAAUCUGCUGCAAACAUUGUUAGAAUAAAAUACGAGUUUAGAAGAAGCACUUGAAUGCAACAUGAGAGGCGCGUGUUAGCGCAAAGAACAGCGUAAAUUGAUUAAGUUUGAGCGCACAAGAUGAGAAAUGUGGAUGGAGACGAGAAACAAGAGUUACAGUUCGUCAUGAACAGUUUAAGUUUAAAGAUGGUUGACCCAGAUCUGAAUGAUCAGCUUUUACACACUGUUCAAGUGAGAAAUGUUUCUGCUGCAGCCACAACUUCUGGCACUGAGGACUCUUUAACAAGUAGUGGAAUCAUUCCUGGUGCAAUUGCAGCCACAGUGUUCAUUGCUUUUUUGCUUGCUCUCUACGCUGUUCUUUGGAAAUGCAUGAUGUCACCACCACAACGAAAACGCAGCAAAUUGAGGGUAAGAGUACAACAGAAGACACCUGUGUGAAGCAGGUGGAAAUAUUUUUUUCCAUCUUUUUAACAUCUUAAAGGUGUGAACAAAAUCCGAGGGCAAAUUUUGCUCUCUAAAGAACAAGUUUAAAUAGAUCAAAGCACCAAAAAACGGACUCAACUAAAUGGACACACUGCUCGUCUCGCUCAGCUUUGCUGUCUGCUGGUGGUCUCUGUUGACUCAAAGCUCUGUGAUGAUAGAAAAACUGUUUUGGCAGGUCAGAUUGUGCUGCCUUUUUUUUUCUGUUUUUGUGAAUUCUGCACUACUGACGGGGAGGUGGCUUUGGCCAAAGUUCACUCCAGUGAUCAAUAAGCUCUAGGCUAUGUCUUAGAGAUUGUAGUUUGUUUUUGUUUUUUGGGUGAAGUUUUAGAUCUGCACCAUUACAAAGUAGAGAACUGUAUUCUGUAUGCAAUGACACAACUGCUAUUUACAACAGUUUAAUUUUCCCUCAGUUCUUGAAAUCCUUAUGAAAUUAACUGUUUGUUUUUUUUUACACAUUAUUUCUUUAAUAUGACACUUGUGCAAAUGCAUCUACCAAAAGUGACAGGAAGGAAGUUUUGUAGGCCUUUUUUAUCUUUGUAAUGGAGGAGUAAGUCAACCUCACUAGCUUGCAGGAAACAUCAAAGUAUGAGGAGGUACUCCUCUGAUAAUUUCUUGGGAACUUUAAAGUUUCCAUGAAAUUUCUUGCAGAGUGUUGUUUGCCUGUGUGCAUUUGAAGACAAAUUUCACAUGCUUGCGCUUUUGUUGCUACAUGUAGAAAAUCUGAUACCAGAAGACAAGGAAUGAACUAACAAGAUUUACUUGUCAUACACACAUCUAUAAUAUACUGUAGGAUGACUAUGUGCCUGUGGUACUUUGUAUAGAACCACAUGUAAGUCGUAGAGUCCCCACUGGAUUAAUACCUUGUACCAAAUAUCCUGUUCGUCCUUUGAAAACAAGCGAGGCAGGCUGAGCCUCAGAGGGGAGGAGGAAAGGGAACAAAUGAAGGCUGCUUUGAUUGGUCAGUCCCACUGCCCCCAUCAGGCACUGCCUUACAUUUAACAUCUAUGCUGCUGGAUUUAAAAUGAGAGAAAUUGUUUAUCAGACAUAACUGAUGUAUCCCUCUGAGUACAGGAUGAGUCUUAAAAAAUUUCUUUCUGAGAGAUAAACUAGUAUACCAUUAUGAAUGCUGUCAUAAUUUUUUUUCAUUCUUGGUACAGAAGCUGGUUUGUAGUUGAUGUGUGUAUUAUGGAUUUUUUUUUUUUUAAAGGAAACAGAAAAUUGAGUUUCAUAGGUAGUGAAGUUUUAAAAAUGCGUGGGGUGCUUACUUCUUAACAUGCUUCUAUUUGAGACAGAAUUAUUUGUAGUUUUUGUAAUUGAAAUUACUUGUUUUGAUGAACUUUUCUCAGGAUGUUUUAAAUACUGUAUGACAAUAAACUGACUUGUGUUUAUCUGAA